UCUGAAUACACUUUGUGGCAUAGCGAUAGGGACAACCGCAAUAUCCUGUUUGUUUUGUUGUUUGUGCGUGUGGGGUGUGCAAGUUUUGUAAUAUAUGGGCAAAACCAAUGGCACUGAGUGGUUUCGUGGAAUUCUUCCAGAAAGGAAGGACUUUCCGUCCCAAAAAGAGCUUUGAACCAGGAACCUUAAGGUAUUCCCUUCAUAAACAAGCCCAAGCGUCAUUGAGCUCUGGAAUUAAUUUACGAGCUGUUGUACAGCUGCCAAAUGGUGAAGAUACAAAUGACUGGAUUGCAGUUCACGUUGUUGAUUUUUUCAAUCGUAUCAACUUAAUUUAUGGUACGGUGUCUGAGUAUUGCACUCCAGAAAGCUGUCCAACUAUGUCAGGAGGACCAAAAUUUGAAUAUUUAUGGGCAGAUGGUGUAAAGUACAAGAAACCAACUCCUCUUCCUGCACCACAAUAUGUUAGCCUCCUUAUGGACUGGGUAGAGUCACAGAUAAACAAUGAAACUUUAUUUCCUGUUUCAACAGAUGUACCUUUUCCAAAGACAUUUAUCCCCUUGUGCCGAAAAAUUCUGACCCGUCUUUUCAGAGUCUUUGUACAUGUUUAUAUUCACCAUUUUGAUAGAAUUGUGGCUAUUGGAGCGGAACCUCAUGUCAAUACCUGCUACAAGCAUUUUUACUAUUUUGUGAAAGAAUUUGAUCUUGUCAGUAGCAAAGAGCUUGAACCUCUGAAAGAAAUGACUGCUCAUAUUUGCCGGGAUCAUGUGGAAUCUCAGACUACCUCUAGCUGACCAGUUAGUUUCUUCAAAUGUUAUUUCUUCUUUUACUAUGAGUGUAGCAAGUUUUUGUUUUUAUUAUCUUUAACAUGGCUGUGUACAAUACAUGUUCGGUGUAUUAAGAGGAUGUCAGAAAUAUGUUGGCAAAAGGGGUAAGUGUACAAUUAAGACAUGGAUUAGGUAUUGGAUCUUCUUUGGAUGAAAAUAUGUUGUAAAACCUUUUUUUUUUUUUAAUGACUCACUUAUUUCUAAAAAAUUAUAUUUGAAAUAUGAGAGAGAAGUGAAAAGUAAAUAUAAUGUUCUUGCUAAAUGCUGCACAUGUUUAGGAUGAAUAUCUUCUUUCACUUGUCUUUAUAGUUCCUGUGUACUGAUUUUUCUUCUGUGUGUGAAUCCCAGAUGAAAAGAAAAUCCUAAGACUGAACAUGUAGCCAGAACAUGUAGCCAGUUAAUCAACAUCUGUUUUAUAAUUGAUUAUGUCAAACUUAUCCAUCAUCAUCAUUUGUAUCUUGAGUGCAGCAAAGCAUGAUACUCAAGGUUAGAGGUGUAGAAAUGGAGGAGACCACUGUUCCAGCCACUGUGAAACUGGCCAUGAUCUAGGUUUAGCUACACUCCAAAAUAGAGGUGAAUAUGUCAUUUUGAUAUGAACAUAGGAUAAGAUUGGUCCUGAAGUAAAUCCAAAUACAGUUUCCUACUGAUAAUUAGUGCACUGAGCAUGCAAUAACAAAGCAUAUGAAAUUUAGUAGUUUGUGAACCAAAAUGAGUUUUCCAUAACUUUGUGGUUUUAACGAGGAAGAAUGUUUCCAUCUGAUAUUGAGGCCCUAGUCUGUAAACAACAGUGGAAGCAGAUUUAUCAUAUUUAAAUCAGUAAUAAAGUUAUUCAUCUCUUUUAUUGUUGUAGCAUAAUAUAAAUUUAACGUAAAACAAA